AUGCUUCCAAGCCUUGGGUACCGCGGUAAGGAAUCCCCUCAGCCCCCAACAAACAACGCCAUCCUCAUGACCACAUCCCCCGUGGCAUGGGGAUUCCACGGCAACUACGAGGACUUUGUGAAGAAUGAACUGGUACCUGUGGAUAACCCACCCGCCGAUGGCAACUGCGCUAUAUGCCGGCUCGAUUUCGCCCAUCAGGACCAAGCGGAAGAGCAGCCAUCGGAUGAGCACGGCUAUGGAAUGACGACCCAGGACAGAAUCCUUGCUGCUGCGAUCGCCGCAGCAACGGUCGAGCAAACUCCCCAAGGAAACGUCGUACAGAUUUGGAAAUGCAAUCAUUUCUUUCACAAAGACUGCAUCUGCACUUGGAUAGACGGAGACGUCACUGCCACGGCCGCUCGCCGAUCAUGUCCGCUAUGCAAAACCGAACUCGUUCGGUACGACCCCCUAGCCCGAGCCAAAGCUGUAUGCCGCGAGAUCCUUACGCAUCAGGAAACCAUCAAUGGGUUGAACGUCAUAUACCGCAAUGCCGCUUCGACGCGCGCAAAGAUGCAAGGCCUCAGGAUAGACAUAAACAGGCUCAGGCUCGGGUUCAGUCACGACCCCUACGCUCUAUUGACGAGCUCUAGAGAUAAUAUCCGCGUCCGCCUACGAAAUCUCAUGCAAGCAGUUGGUGUCACGGAUGAACGAUCCUACCUCGACCAACUCGAUCAACUCAUAAUGUUUGGCGGUUACAGCGUUCGCGACAGCGUAGACCUAGUGUACCGGUCCCAGCUCAGCACGUCCGCAGCAAAAUUCGAAAGUCAAAAGAGGGACAUACUAGCUCGCCUCCAACCCAUCUACACGAAACUCGAUGAAAUAGAGCAGAUCCUCAAGGAACUAGCUGAGGUGCUAUACCAAAGCUGGGGCUACUCUCCCGCACACGCAUCUGCGCGGCUACUGGAAGACUUUGGCACCGCUGAUCCUGAUGAGAUUAGUCCUUGGCUACUGGCUCAUCUCAAUGGGCAGUUUAAUGUGGAGAUUGACCUACAUUUUGUUGUUAUAGAUGCGGAGUGGCUGCGCAAAAAGGCGGCUUGGACUAAGAAAUGGUUGGACCCCGCGGAAUAUGGUGUAGCGCCGGUGAAUGCGGGAGGAGUGGAGGACGAGGGGCAUGAGAGUACGGCUGGUACGGCGGGGGAGGGAGAUGGGCCGGGUGUGGUGCAUGUUGAGGAUGUGGAUGGGCGGGGGGAGGGUCAAGGGCGAGAUGGAAUGGGAGAGGGUGCGGGUGUUGGGUAUACUGAGGACGGUGAGGAAGAGGAAGAAGAUGCGAGAGUGGUGUAUACUGAGAAUGUGGAGGAGCAGGAGGAGGAGGAGGAGGAAGAUCAAGAUGAACUUUACCAUGACAUGGCAGAGAUGCACUUGGGCUCUGGAGACAGGCCUCAUGAUAUGUAG